AUGGCGACACUGCAGCCCCUCACGCAGGAGCUACUAGCUCGCGCCCAUCCACCCGAGACCAUCGAGCGCAUCUUCGGCGAAAAAAUUCAACACCGCAAGUUACGUCUGCGACAAUCAUCCCCGCCACCGUCUGCCCUAAAUGCGCGGAACGCACGACGAAAAGCGCGCCAGGAAAAGAAGGAAAAAGAGAGGCAGAAGCCGAAACCGCUGUCCUCCCGCCAGCGACGCGAGCUGGGCCUCCACGACGUGCCCGCCACAGGGCAGUCCUACGAUAUCUACGCCGGUCUGAAUAAGCUGUGGAUAGGCUACGCUCGCGAGCUUCUCGGUCGAGACAUAUACACUGGCGGUGCCGGCGCCGCUGCGAAGCUUGCCAGCGCAGAGCUCCAUGGCGCCGCGGCGCAGGUUGUCCGCAGUCGCUGCCCCGGUCGGGUCGGCAUCAAGGGCAUUAUCGUCCGCGAUCGCAAAUUCGUCAUCGAGAUCGUUACGCAGAAGCGAGGCCUCAAGGUUGUGCCCAAAGACGGGACAACGUUCAGGAUUGAAGUGCCCGCGCCGCCCGAGGACGCGCCGGCGGCUGAUGCAGAGCAGGGUGCACGGGGCGCGGCGCAAAUAUUUGCGUUCGAGGUCCAUGGCGACCAGCUGAUGUUGCGCUCAGCAGACCGGGCGAAUCGAAAAUUUAAGCAACACUUUCUCAAAGAUUUGUGA